AUGGCAUUUACAAGCACAAUAAACCAACAACAAGUUACAUUAUUCGAUGGUAGCAAUUACGAAUAUUGGAGCAUUCAGAUGAAGACCGUCUUACGUGCUUUUGGCGUAUGGGAAGUUGUUGAAUCUGGCAUACCAACAACUAAACCAAAUGAAGAAGAAUCUACUGUAGGAGGAGUUGAUUGGCAAAAAAAGGAUGCGGAAGCAUUAGCCAAAAUUCACCUCGCUACUACAGACUUGAUUUUUCCUCGAAUAAUGAAUGCUACCUCAGCAAAACAAGCAUGGGAUACCUUGCAAAGAGAAUUUCAAGGGACUGAGAGGAUGAGAAUUGUCAAAUUACAAUCUCUUCAACUCGAGUUUGAUAAUUUGAAGAUGAAAAAAGAUGAAAGCAUAAAAGAUUACUCUACAAGAGUAAUAGAAAUCGUGAAUCAGUUAAAAGCCAUGGGUGAAGAUAUAAAUGAUCGACGAGUUGUGCAAAAGAUGUUAUUAACUUUAUCAAAAAAGUUUAAUCUCGUUGCACAAAUAAUUGAAGAGUCAAAAGAUAUCACAACAUUAUCUCUUGCGGAUUUUCUUGGUUCUCUACAAAUACAUGAACAAAGAAUGAAUAUUAGAGAUGAUGAAACAACUUCAGAAGGCCCGGAUGGAGCUUUCCAAUCAAGGCAUAAUCCCUCAUCAUCAAAACCUCAUAAUAAUCCAAGAGGGGAUUUCAAGCAUCAGAAUCUAAACAACAAUAGAGAGAGAAAUCAACAAGGUAAAUUUCCUCCUUGCAAUAUUUGCAAGAAAACAAAUCAUGAAGAAAAGAAUUGUUGGCACAAGGGAAAACCACAAUGUAAUUAUUGCAAGAAAUUUGGUCAUACUGAAAAUGUUUGCAGGUUUAAGAAGCAACAAGCAAGCAUUUCUGAAACAGUUGAUGAAGAAAGCUAUCUAUUCUAUGCUAAUCAAAGUAAUACUAUUAAAAAAAACGAUUGGCUUAUAGAUAGUGGAUGCACAAAUCAUAUGACAAAGCAAUUUGAUAUUUUCACCAACAUUGACAAAUAUGUUAAAAUCCCUAUCAGAAUGGGUAAUGGAUCAAUGGUGAAGUCUGAAGGUAAAGGCACGGUCGCUGUCCAGACAAAACAAGGGACAAGGUUCAUUAAAGAUGUUCUUUAUGUCCCCGGCUUAAAUCAAAAUUUGCUAAGUGUUCCUCAAAUGGUUCAAAAUGGAUAUUCAAUCCAUUUCAAGGAUGAGUCAUGCGCAAUAUUGGAUCCACAAAAAAAUAAAAUUGCUAAUGUUAAAAUGCAACAUAAACGUUUUCCUUUAAAUUGGCAAUAUGAAGGAAAAUAG